AAAAAAAACUGCUAACGGUCGUACUAUGUGAUUACCGUUAAUUAAUUAGCUCCUAACUAGCUUGUCCAACAUACACAGUAAAUUAGGCCUUUUGAUACAAAGGUCUCCAUCUAUAUAAAUCUGCCGUUUUAACUUUUAGCGUUAGGUACCUUCAGCGAGUUUGACGUUAAUGCCGAGGAACCGAAGCCAAUUAAUCAAGUUGACUAAAUACAAAUUCAAAUGACUCAAGACAGACCAAAAUUCAACAUGAGUCAGCGAUCAUCGGCUGUUAGAAGUCAACUACUUGGAGAAUUUUUUACGGAAACGGACCUGAACAAACUGCAGCUGCAGUAUCGCAGAUCAGAGGCAGUCAAGCGGGCAUACUCUAAGAACACCAGAGUCCUCAUCUACAGACACAGACGAGAAAUCCAGCGACUCCAAGAUGAACGUGACAAGCUUUUACGCAACCUUGGCGUCUCUCAGACCAGUUGUAGCAGUUGGACUGAUGGUAGCACUGUUCAAGACCUUACUUCCCUGUUGGCCUGUGGAGACAGACUAGAUGAGGAGCUGAGGGCUGAAAAAGAUAAAGUGGCAUCUUUGAAAGACCAGAUAUCGAAAUGGGAGAGGAAGUUGGUGGGAAAGAGGGCCACUGGUGGAACUACAUGCCAUAGUUGGAAAUCUGAUAACAGAAACUUAGUUAAAACCACCUGCUUAACAGAAAACAAACUGGACAGGGGUUGCAAAUGCUUCAAUGAGCUGAUGACAAGGAAUGGACAGUUGAGGGAGGAUUUGAAAACACUACAAAUGGAGAAGAAACAUUUCCUUCAUGUUCAGUCUCAGCGGACAAAGGAGCUGCAUGCCAUUCGCAAGGAUAUUUGUAACAUGAUGACUAAAUGCACCGAAGCCUUUAAUGCCAGUGUGAAAAUCCAGGAAAAACUGAGGAUUCUGAUGGACCAGAAUGCUAAGGAUAUGGCUCAGUACAUCAAAGAGAGGAGAGGCCUGGAACGAGGAAUCUCCCAUUACUGCAACUUUAAGGCUUUCCUAGACAUAAAGACUAUUGUGCGCAUGAACCAGGAAAUCGACCACAGUCAAGUGGAGAAAUGCAAGGAGCUGGGGUCAAAGGAAUGGGCAUUGGAGGAUUUUGAGGAUGCUAUGAAAAAAAUCUUCAGAGAGACAGCAGAAAGUGACCUGGACAAACUGGUCAGGAACUUCAUACAAAUGGAGGGGCAGAACUACACUUUACUGAACUUUGUCAACUAUCAGCACAAUGAAGCAGAGACCAUUCAAGACAGAUCUCUCAGCUUCUCAGUGAGAGGGAGAUUUUUUCAGCUGAGGACCAGCAGCAACAGGAACGUACAGCAGGUUCGUCAGAUGAAGGUUUCCAUUAAGCAAGAAGCUACUGAUCAACAGCUUCCAGUUUAUAAACAGCGUGUGCAGUUCAUGGAAAAGCUCCUAGAUCAGCUCAAAGAAGGUGUCAAAUCACUGCUUCAGAUCAGCUAUAACAACUCUGAGAUCUUUGACCAAUUAAGCUCCUCCGAUGGGGUCCAGGAUGAAGAUGUCACAGAGUACCUGAAAAUGGUGGAGGACAGAGUCAACGAGCUGCUCGCUCUGCAGUCCUAUCUUCAUUUCCAGGAAAGCCAGUGGGACAUUGACAGUCUCAAUACUAUUGCCAGCCAGCUCCUGGGUAUAACUCCACCAUCUGUCAGUCUGACCACGGCUGCUGCGACUCCCGCACCUGGUAACGAUCCAGACUUAGUGGAGUCAGUGCUGCUGGAUGCAAAGGAGCCAUUGAGUAGAGACGAUCUCCUGACACUGGUCAAUAAGAAGGGUGAGUACAAUUGACAUAAUUAAGAUUAAAGAAAUGCAAAAAAACGAUUUGUACAAAGCAAAUUGUAAAACCUUUUCACUAAUAUUCCUAUCUUUAAAUCUUUGUCUGUUUCAUUGGGAUUAUUGUAGACAUGAUAAAAAUGAGGUUUUCUUUAAUUCAUCCCUCAGAUUCAGAGGAAAAAGAAGGCAGACUGACCUCAUGGUUACACUUGGUGCUGCUCCUUGGAGCUGCCAUGAGCUACAUCAUGGAGCAACACAAGGCCAUGAGUUUCAGACAUGAUAUUAUACUGUAUGCUUUUUAGUGAGUUUAUAUAGACAUGCUGCAAAGCUUAAACACACCAGUUAUUCAGUAACCCUCUUAAGGUAACAACUUAAAUUAAAAAGAAGCAUUGUGUA